UCUUCUUCUCUUCUUUGGUUCUUUCCUUUCUUCCUCUUCAAUUUUAUGAAUAGAUUGUUAAUCUUUUAUUUCUCUUAAUUUUAGUUAAUUAUUUUUCACUUUUGAUUAAAUUUAUAUUUCUUCAUAUUAUUAGCAUUGAGAUUGAGUGCUCGGUUUUGUGCGAGUGAGGUAAGUAAAUUAUGGUAAAGCCCUUCGAUUUUAAAGCAUGUUUUUAAUUGUUUUUGAGAUGGUGGCAAGGUUUAAAUUGAUUUUAAAUCAAUUUUAUCAGUAUUUGGGUGUGAUUAAACUGAAAUGGAAAUUGUGAUGGUUUUAUGAGAAUUUCCUUGUUUUUCUGAAAUUGAGCAUGAUUGGAAUGAAAAUGAGGAUUUUAUUGAUUUUCUGGAAAUGAGCAUGAUUGAGAAAUGAAAAUGAGAAUUUCAUUGUUUUUCUGGAAUAAAGCAUGCCUAUUUGGGAAUUGACGGAACUGUUUUGAUGAACUGAGAGUUUGCAAAUUCUGAGUUUUCUGUUAAAUCCAUGGUCACAUGGAAAUUUUCUUGUUUGUUUAUGAGAUUUGAGAUUGAUUGUGAAUUAUGGAUUUUUGGAAAUCCUGCAUGGUUUUGUCUCGGAUAUAGUCAUGAUUACUGACGCCCGCUAGUAGGAGCUGUAAACGCUAGCACAUGUCGACAUGUAUUUUUGUGGAACCGGUUCAACCUGCCUAUGGGGUUAAACACUGGCACUAUUACUGACGCCUGCCAGUGGGAGUUGUAAACGCUGGCACUAUUACUGACGCUUACCAGUGGGAGUUUGUAAACACUGGUACCAUUACUAACGCCUGCCAGUGGGAGUUUGUAAACACUGGCCAUGACUUAUAGAUGAGACUACUGAACUGAGUUUUCUUCUGCAUGUAACGGUUUGUUAUGAAACGUUUUGUUAUUGAACUGAAUCUGAUUUCCGCAUUAAUGGUUUAUCAUUAAAAGUCUAUUACGCUUACAUGGUUUAUCUGGCAUGCUUCAAAGUUUUACCCAAGGGCUAUCCAUAUUUACUUACUGAGUUUAUCUCAUAGUUUUCCUUGUCCCCCAUUUCAGGAAGCGAAACCGAGGACGGGGAAAUCAAGGGGAGUGACGAGUUAGAAGGCUAGCCAUUUCGAGAUUGACAUAGAUUUAGAAUCCUGUAAGCUAGAGUGUAUUUGGAGAUUUUAUGAUAUCAGAGCAGAUUGUAAAAAUUUUAUCUUGAGAUUUUGUGGUAUCGGAUUGUGAUUUGAAUAAGUUCCGAGCCUUGUGCACUUGUGGGACCUGUCUCACGGGUGCACGGCGUCUGCCACGCCCUGGAUUUGGGUUCUGGGGCGUGACAUUUAUACUAAUGAUUUGAUUUUUUUCUUUGAAAAGGUUACCUAAUUUGGUGAAGAAUGGGGUAGCAUUAUGGAGGUAAUGAACUUCAUUACCUUAA